AUGAGUAGGGAAGAGGAACAACAGAACGCGGCGAUCAAGAUCGUUGCGGGCCUGUUUAUGUCGAUAGCAUGUGUUGCUGUGAUCCUCCGAUGUUACGUUCGCGGCUGGGUGGUGAAGGCGUUCGGAUGGGAUGACGGUGCGAUGGUGAUGGCUAUGGCAUGGUAUGUAGUGUACUCCGGGUCCAUGAUCGGAGCCGGGGUACAUGGUAAUGGGUACCACUGGUAUAGUCUGACAGCAGAAGAGCGCGUGGUCGCCAUAAAGUAUUGGUGGUUUUGCGAAAUCGCUUUCUGUCUCGCCUCCAUUUUCUGCAAGAUUUCAAUUUGCAUUUUCCUGCUGCGCAUCUGUAUCAAGCGGAUCCAUAUUUUGAGUCUCUAUACUGUCAUGGUUCUGACGGUCUUUUGUGGCUUGGUGUUCCUGUUGCUGAUGCUCUUGCAAUGCAAGCCAUUGUCCUUUUUCUGGACCAGGAUGGCCAACCAUCCCGUCGUGAACGUUGAAGGCGAAGGCUCCUGUAUCAAUAUGGAAAUUAUUGUCGCCAUGACAUAUGUUUACAGUGUCUUUGCCGCAAUGUGCGACUUCACGGUGGGCAUUUUGCCAAUUUUCCUGGUGCAAAAACUGCAAAUGAAGCGACGGACGAAACUGGUGGUAGCUGGAAUCUUGAGCAUGGCCUGCGUUGCAUCCAGCGCCGUGAUUGUUCGGAUUCCAUUUGUGAAAACGUUCAAUGAUUUGAAUGACUUUUUGUAUGCCACCGUCCAAAUCGCCUACUGGUCAAAUCUCGAGAUUGGUCUAGGUAUUACCGCCGGCAGUCUCGCAACCCUCCGUCCCCUCCUUCGCCACUGGCUCGGCUCACACGCAGGUCAAUCAUAUCCCUCUCGGGUUACUGGAGAACGUCGCGCUGGUGCUAGUGGGCACCGGCAAGUGCCUUUAGAGUCACUGAAUGGAACUAAGCAGGGCGAGUUGAGACCCGACAAACUGGCUGUUAUGGUGACCAACAUCGAGAGCCAAAGAGACUUGGAAAGUUCAUGGCCACAGUCAUCCAGUCCAACCAGUAGCGAGGAAAGGUUGACUGUGCAGCAUCAUUCACUCCCAGGAACAAUGGAGGUGGGUGUCCAUCAAACAUUCGAGGUUACACGAACACUAGCGGACGGCGAUGAUGGGGAAGGGUCUCACCGGAUCGCGAGAGAGCAUGUAUAA